AUGAUAGUGAAUAGACAGCACAGCAGCACCGUGUUCUCUGCUUCCCUUCCCUCUUCCCGGUGGGUCAUCCCAUUGGACGCCUCUCUCGAAUCCUCCCGAAAGUUCCCUACGCACACGGCCGGAUCCAAGGGGUCCUCCGCGACGAUCAACCAGGAUUUCCCCUGCCCUGCCAACACACUCUUUCUUGACUGGACGACCCGAGAAGAACCACCACGCGAAGAGAUGCAACCUCUUCUGAAAGCGGGCGCUUUUGCUGCCCAUCUCGCACGGGGUCUAUCAAACUCUCGCAGGCCUCUUUGGAAGUUUGGAACUGCUCUGGAUGUUGUGUUCUCUAUCUCUCGCCCGUCGGCUGACUACUGGCCCAACCAAGUUGCCGAUUCUGGCCAUCUGCAUCUACCCAUCUUUGUCUCUCGCUCUCUCUUCUCUCCACUACGGGAUUGGAUUACCAGAUCUGUGGCCCUCGUCGACGAAUCCUCCUUGGCUUUUCUCCUCCUUACCAGGGUUUCUAGGCCAGUCGAGAACGCUGAACUGCAAAUUGCCCCUGGCAGCCCUCCCACGCCCCCUCUCCCACCCCUUCAAGAGAUCGCCCAUCAGGACGUCAAAGUAGGCACGCACGAGCACGUAGGGUCGGGAUGGGCGCUGCGGCGCUGUCACUCUUUACCGUUUUCUUAUUCUUCCGCCUCUUCCUCUCGUGCUUCCGCCCUGCCCCUGGGGCUUUGGGUUUUGGGGGGCUCUUCUCUUUUGGUCCUCUCCCUACUAGAGCCUAGCCGCUCAUCUCUCCAACGUCGCUUGGUGGACAGAAAACAUUCCAGUCGACGACAUGUUGUCUCUUCCUCCAGACUAAUGAUAACCUUUCGCCCUUACAGAAUCAUGAUUUUGAAACCGCCAUCAUUUGGUCUGACUGCAAAUGUUCUUCUUUUACUGCUUUUUGUCUUUUCUCCCAUGUUCACGCAACGGGCGCUGCGGGUUGAACGAUUCAGAAGCCUGGACUUUUCUCUCAAAUUUCUAUUAAUAACGCCCAGCAAACCUGUCAAUGCGAUGAGAUUGCCCAAUCUGGACCAUUUUGUCUCGCAGCCCUGCAACGCCAACGACAAUGGCUCACCUUUCGAGGUUUCCCCUGACUCUAUGCUGACUGGUGUCCCCCAUGCCGCAGGGGCAGAUCUCGACCGAGAAUGA